AUGUGGAAGCCGUCGGAGAGGCUGAUGGAGACCAUCAGACAUUAUGCCAGCUUCCCCGCCACUGGUGUUUCCCUUCGGCAGAUGGUCCAAUUUGGAGACAGACCUUCGACUGGAACUCUGUUUCGUGCCUCUCAAUUCCUCUCCGAGGAACUCCCAAUUCGACUCGCUCACCGUGUCCAGGACCUGGGGGAACUCCCUGAUGGACUCAGUGAAAUGCCCUCUAUCAAGAAGGUCCAGGACUGGUAUGCGCAAUCGUUCGAGGAAAUCAUCAACCUGCCUCGGCCGACUCUCACCCAGGAAGUGAAAUCCCGGCUGCUACGGCCAGGAAGAAUCAACGGUGGUGCUUCGAAGAUCCUCUCGGAAACCACUCAGAACCCUAGUAUCAAAGAAGGACAAUAUCGGUCCUCUCCCUCCUCGGCAUUGAAUCAUAAUGGAAAUGGAAAGGCCGCUGCCGCCGCAGCUCGAAGAUAUUUUGUACCUUCCGAUGACCAGGGCAAUUGGCCUCCGGAGUUGAAUGAUUACAACGAGCGCUUCGCAAAGACUCUCCAGCAAAUUAAACGGCGACACGACAGCGUUGUAACCACGGUGGCUCAGGGUAUUCUGGAAUGGAAGCGCAAACGCCAAAGAUUACAGAUUGACUCGACCGUCCAGUCCUUCCUCGAUCGCUUUUACAUGUCUCGGAUAGGUAUACGUAUGUUAAUUGGCCAACAUAUCGCAUUGACUGAACAAACGCACGUCCGCCAUCCAAACUACGUUGGUAUUAUCUGUACGAAGACAAAUGUCCGUGAAGUCGCCCUCGAAGCUAUUGAUAACGCCCGAUUCGUGUGUGAAGAUUACUAUGGUCUAUUUGAAGCUCCGAAAGUCCAGCUUGUCUGCAAAAAUGACCUGAACUUCAUGUACGUCCCAGGCCAUUUGUCUCAUAUGCUCUUCGAAACCCUCAAGAACUCCCUCCGUGCAGUGGUAGAGACCCAUGGUGCAGACAAGGAAGCUUUCCCAGUCACCAAAGUCAUCAUUGCCGAAGGAAAAGAAGACAUCACUAUCAAGGUGUCCGAUGAGGGUGGUGGAAUUCCCCGCUCUGCUAUCCCCUUGGUUUGGACGUACAUGUACACUACGGUUGAGCAAACACCCAAUUUGGAUCCCGAUUUUGACAAAAGCGACUUCAAAGCCCCUAUGGCCGGCUUCGGGUAUGGAUUACCUAUCAGUCGUUUGUACGCUCGGUACUUUGGUGGGGACUUGAAAUUAAUCAGCAUGGAAGGAUAUGGUACGGAUGUCUAUCUUCAUCUGAACCGCCUAUCCUCGAGCUCUGAGCCCCUGCAAUGA